CAAGACCAAGAGAGUGGACCAAACCGCGCCUGACUGUAUUUAGUAAAUAAUAGCUUUUGGGGGGGGGGUUCUAUUUUAUUCCUGGAUGUUCAGGUCAGAGAUGGACUGAGACGCGCUGAGGGUAUACACGUGAACAGCUCGAGCAGGUCAGUGAUCUAGAUUUUUUGGCGUGUGCGCGUUUGGAUAAAUGAUAGGAGAUACGAUGACCCUGCUGUCUCUGUUGGGCCGGAUCAUGCGCUAUUUCUUACUACGACCGGAGACGUUGUUUCUGCUGUGCCUGAGCCUGGCUUUAUGGAGCUAUUUCUUCCACACCGACGAGGUGAAGACCAUUGUGAAGUCGAGCCGCGAUGCCGUGAAGAUGGUCAAGGGCAAAGUGGCCGAGAUCAUGCAACACGACCGGUUCGGCCUGGACUUGUCCGAGGCGGAGUUCUCCAAGAGCUGGGAGCUGAAGAGCCCCGGCGCCGCUGUGUACGCCAUCCAGGGACGCCGAGAUCACAUGGAGGACCGCUUCUCCGUGCUCACCGACCCGGUCAACCGGAGCCACCCGUCUAUUUUCGGGAUUUUCGAUGGACACGGUGGAGAGGCAGCAGCAGAAUAUGUGAAAACUCGUCUGCCCGAGGUCCUGAAGCAGCACUUACAGAAUUAUGAGAGAGAGAAGGAGAACAGUCUUUUAUCUUACCAAUCCAUCCUGGAGCAGCAGAUCCUCAAUGUGGACAAGGAGAUGCUGGAGAAGCUGUCUGCUACCUAUGAUGAAGCAGGAACAACAUGCCUGGUGGCGAUGUUGUCUGAUAAGGAACUGACAAUAGGUAACGUCGGUGAUUCCAGAGGAGUUUUGUGUGAUAAAGACGGUAAUGCCAUCCCUCUGUCAUAUGACCACAAACCCUACCAACUCAAAGAACGCAAGAGGAUCAAGAAAGCAGGUGGCUUCAUUAGCUUCAACGGCUCAUGGCGUGUGCAGGGAAUCCUGGCCAUGUCUCGAUCUCUGGGCGAUUACCCGCUUAAGAAGCUAAACGUCGUCAUCCCCGAACCUGACGUGGUGACCUUUGACCUGGACAAACUGCAGCCCGAGUUCAUGAUCCUGGCGUCAGAUGGCCUGUGGGAUGCCUUCAGUAACGAGGAGGCCGUGCGUUUCAUCCGCGAGCGCCUCGACGAGCCACAUUUCGGCGCCAAGAGCAUCGUGCUGCAGGCGUUUUACCGCGGCUGCCCAGACAACAUCACAGUCAUGGUGGUUAAAUUUAAAAAGAGUGGCUCCAAAGCGGCCGAGCAGUGAACCACGAUUAAUAUGAACUAAUAAUAUAUUCAUUAUCAGUAUGAAUCUCAAUCCAAUCUAUUUGAAUAUAUUAUUGGCUCAUAUUAAUAUAUAUGUAAGGAUGCAAAAGGAAAACCAGUUCAUGACUAUUUUUGGAGCAAGAACUGUUUAUUACAAUAAUGUUCAAUUAAAGUAAACUCAUAUCAUCCCGUUAUGUCAUUUUCUUAAAUCCUUUAUUCCAGUUAGCGCACGAUGGAGGGAAACUUUAUGAGAAGCCACAGCUUGUGUAAUGGAGUAACGGAUUGAAGGUCACUUAAGCGUUAUAAUCGUUUAUUCAUGUAAAAGUGUAUUAUUCAGUAAUUACUACAGAUAAUAAAAUAGGUACAUAGAUAUGUAAGUGAAGAAUGGAAGCCCGGGGUUCGGGUAUUGUCAGGACAAUUAUGGGGUUUCAGGAAUUAAAAAGAAAUAAAAUGCUUUCCUUUUUAGACGAAAACUAAAGCAUUUAUAGCCUCCAGUAGAAUUUGUUCUUAUGUCUGUAAUUUCUUAAGGCAAGACACCACAAGUCACGUCAGCCAAUUUUUCUUAUUUUUGUAUAAAUUGAGGGUAUAAUGUCUUCUCAUAAGCUGUGGUAAUAUAUAUAUAUAUAUAUAUAUACACACACACACACACACACACACACACAUAUAUAUAUAUAUAUAUAUAUAUAUAUAUAUAUAUAUAUAUAUAUAUAUAUAUAUAUAUAUCAUCAUAUUCACAUAUAUACACAUAUAUGUUCAUAUCACAACUCAAUAGGAAAAAAAAAAUCAUUUACUGUUUGUCUACUCAGUUUUUGACUAUUGCGUUAUAUAAAACUUAUCAACUCCAAUCAACACAAUCGCAUCAUGUUCUAAAUCCCUGAAAAUCUUCUUUCCUGAUAUGUGUCAAUAUACAAGAUAUGUUUUUUUAUAAACCUCAUAAACCACUUUAUAUUUUUAACUGUUUUCUCAAAAUAUGAAAAUAUUCCUGUUUCUACAUGACCUGCAUUCAUUAUAUUUUACAUAUACAUCGCUAUCUGUAAUUGGCCACUUAUUACAGAGGAAAGUCCCAAAUAUUUGAUUUUUGUUGGAUUUACAUUAGAUUAUAUAGUGAAAAUGGCACACUUUUUUUAUUUUUUUUUUAUUUAUUUUUUUUUUCUUAUAGCGCUGCAUGGUAUUUUCCUGGUUAAACGAUUUCUAACAAACGUUUCUGUCAAAAUCUUUCUUUUCAGAGUCUUUACCAUGGAAAAAAAACAUUUUAAUUCUAAAGUCAGAAGACUACAUUUUUGGAUUUUAUUAAAUAUGCAAAUCGAUGCAUAUUUAAUUCUACACACCCUCAUAUGCAUAAAUAAAUGUACAUUUUUCCAAGUUCCAAAACAAAAAAUACUUCAGCAAUAGAAUAUCAGCAAUUAGCAAAGAUUAACUGUGAUAUCUGUCGUGUACUUCACUUGUAGUGUCUUGCCUUAAAUCCUUGUGGAUCACAUUUAUGUGUUUAUGUUCAUUUAUGUUCAACUAAAAUUGAUGCCUUUUGGAACCGCGGAACAUCUAGAUUAUCGGAAUACCUAUACAGUACAAAGUUCUUCCAAAAAUAUUUCAAUUUGCUACGGAACUGUUUUGUCCAUUAUGACUUUAUCCAUUCUUUCUUUUUAGAGGUAAAACAAAAGCGGAUACACAUUUUAAGGGAAGGUGUGCUUUUGCACCUGGUUAGUAUUCACUUAAUUAAGUAUAGUUUUAAAGCGUGUACACUGAGGGAAUGCACAACAUUUCUUGCGGCUUGUAUAUAGCUAGUAAAAGAGGUAGUGAUCGCACAUGUUCUGAUCAUUAGUUCCUGUUAUACCACAGCACUGGCGAGUUCUCGAAGCAAAAGGUCAAAAGGUGUUGAUUUAAUUGUCUAGAACAUGAACUCCAGCUGUAAUUCAAAUGACAGGUUUAUAUUAAUGUGCUUGUUCUGAUAUUCUAUAGAAACGGCUAAUUCACUAGGACUUGUAUGGCGGCCGCUCGAUAAUAUAAUCGGAGGCUUAUAAUAAACCGAUUUAUAAGGGGUUUGGUAUUUAACAAAGAAAAACUUGAUCGGUGAAGUUUUCUGUAACAUGAUGUUUAUUUAACAUUUUAUGGAAGGAGUCUCCAGUUUUGGUGCGUUGUAACGGUUUAGUUUCCACUGUGGGAAAGUUGUACUGAGGAAUUUGCACUUUCUGGUAUCAUGACAAGCCGUGUUUAUGUUAAUAGCAAAUUGUCGUGCUACGAAAGGAAUUAAACACUUUGGAACGUGCUUAUAUUGGGAAAUCAUCAACUUUGGAGGUGGUAACGGCAUCAUCGCACCCUGACUAGCCCCCCCCCCCCCCCCCCCCCCCCCCACAAAGUGUGUGCGCGCUAUACAUUUUAACAGGCCUUGCUUGCUUUGGUAAAUUUGUCUGUAAUUCUUUGUCUCAUAUUGUGCUUGGGCCCCAGGUGUUAUUAUUGUUACAUUAUAUUAUUACAAUAAUGGAAAACUGGUCUAUAAUUAAAAUGUGUCGUUAUAUUCAGUUUUAGAAAUGAUGCUUUUUUUGGUCCCUUGAUCCUGAUUCAAUCCAAAGCCUAAUAAUUGCAGCUCCACCAUUUCACUUGUCAACUAUGGAAACUAAUUUCUCAAAUAACUUGUAUAACAUUGUGUUUUUUCUGACAGCUUCUGGCUACAUUGUUGUUGCCUUAUUUUUACUUCAUUGUAUUAUUUUGUCAUUUUCGUUGCUUCACCCAAAUGUUAGAUUAUACCAUCAAAUGUAAAUAUGAUAUUUUGCAUAUUGAAGUCUCGUUGAGACAGACUAAUAAAGUGAAUGUACAUAUUGAAUAUUAUUAACCACAAUUACAAUAAUAUAAAAAAAAAAGGAAAUGCAUCAAAUUCUGGUUUAUUAAUAUCUGGGGAGAUUUAAUAGCUAAUAGCUUAUUAUGUGCAGUUUAUUUUUUGUUUGUUUUGGGGUUUUGUUUUUCGGUUGUGUAUUCCUGCAGAAUACAGUACAGUCGUAAAAAUGUCUUUUGUUGAUUUAAAGAAUCUGUUUUGAAGAAAAAAAUUAAUCAGUCAAUGUCUGUGAAUUUAAAUGAAAAUAUGAAAAUGUAACAAUAAAAAGUGCAAGAAUGAACGUCAAAA